GUGGUCAGUGAUAUCAAUAUAAACACAGCUGAGAGAGACAGAGGCAUCAGAGCCAUGAUGAAGACUUUGUGUGUUGCUGUUGUUGUGCUGAGCCUCACCUCAGUGUGUCAGUCUGCAACGCUGGCCUGUGAGAAGCUGCUGAAGCCAGUGGACAAAGGUCCAGAUUUGCCUGGUAGAUGGUAUCUUGUAGCCAUGUCCUCAAACACCUGUUUGCCUGCAGCAAUUUUCAAUACUGUUUUUUGGCCGAGUAUUGCUGCAGACUUUACCUCAAAGGACACACCAAACAUCUACGAUGGCAAUAUUAAGAUUAAAAUGUAUGGACAUUGUGAUAAUAAAACUGUUUCACUUUUCUAUGGGAACAACACUAUACUUGAAGUUGACAGCAACAAUACCUCAAGUAGUGAACCAGGUGUGUUGCUGCUGCAAAGCAGCUGUCCUGACUGCCUGGUUAUAAAAGAGGAUGCCUACAUCAGCUCUUUUUUGCUUCUCAGUAGGAGAAAAACUCUCACUUCUGCUGAGCUGAAGGAGUUUGCUACACAGGCAGAUUGUCUUGGCGGGUAUACACCAGAGGUCUUUAACUCUGAUCAUGAAUAUGAAAACUGCACUGCACGAGUUGGCGACAACAUUGACGAAGAUACCUCAGGAUUAUCAGGCACAAUGUUUGAGAGCCUGAAAAACAUCUAUACAGUGUCAUUCAACUGUCUUUCACAGAAAUUUCUUUAUUAUCCCAAUGUUGCCUUUGGGUGGGCUCAGCAAAAGUGGGCUAGCUUAUGGUGAAUGCACUGGGGCACGACUAUAAUAAAUAUUAACUCACACCAAUCAUGUGAUAGGUGCAGUGAAUAACAUUGAUCAUCUUGUAACAAUGCAGUGUUUUGCUGGGAAGCUUUGGAUCCUAGCAUUUAUCUGGAUGUUACUUUGACAUGUACCACUCACUGGGUCCCAUUGGAGCUGUGCUGCAUAGUGUUUGAUGAGCAAACAUUAACCCUCAUGUUGUGUUCCAGUCAAAUUUGACCGAUUUAAAAGUUAUCUCUGAAAAAUGUAGUUAAUUUGUUCAGAUUGACCUAAGAUUCUAUGACUUUGGCCACAAAGAGGAUUUGAACACACAAAAUAAACUGUAUAUACUUU